AUGAAGGCAUUGCUUAGCUCACAAGAGGCAUGGGAAGUUGUAGAGAAAGGCUAUGAUGAACCAGAGAAUAAAGGAGCUUUAAGUCAAGCUCAAAGGAAUGCCUUGCAAACAAAGGCGGAGCCAGAAAAUUUUUUCAGUGCGGGCACAAAUUUUUUCUCCCAACCACUAUUUCUUAACCUGAAAGUUGCGUCCUUAACAAAAGCUAAGGAAGCUUGGGAGAUUCUCAAGAACAAUUUCAAGGGAAUUGAAAAAGUGAAGAAGGUCCGCCUUCAAAUCCUUCGUGGGGAGUUUGAAUCUCUGCACAUGAAAAAGUAUGUAUUUGUCUUUGACUAUUUCACUAGAGUGUCCUCCAUUGUCAAUCAUAUGAAGCAGUACGGGGAGAAUAUUGAAGAAAGUUGUGUCAUCGAGAAAAUUCUUAGAUCGCUUGACUCAAAACUUGAGUUUGUUAGUAUUGCCAUUGAAGAGUCUAAUGAUUUGGAUACCAUGACCCUUGAUCAACUUAUGACGUCCUUGCAAGCAUAUGAAGAAAGAUUGAAGAAGAAAGGAGAACUGGUGGCUCAAGUUCUCCAAAUGAAUGUUUCCUUGGGAGGUCAACAGAAAGAGCAGGGACGAUCUUAA